AUGCCUCGCGCCAGCACAACACCAGGGGCCCGGCUACGGUGUCGCCGGGCAUGCGACAGCUGUAAGCGGCGAAAGCAGAAAUGCAACGGCGAGCAACCAUGCACAAUCUGUGUGCAACGACACAAGCAGGCCGAGUGCCACUUUUCGGAUCGCCCCGCGCGUCUUCUCAAGCCCGACCCCAAAGAUUCGACCAUGUUACUCAGUGAACGAAUAGUCCCCUCACCACAGCGCGAAACUGCCAUGGAUCGCCUGUUGAAUUCCUUGGAGGAUAGGGGCAUGAGUUUGGAGCAACAGGCCCGAGAUGAAAAAGACGGCACGGCUCCCGUGCCUAAGGUCGCGCGGCUUCUUCGCGAUGGACAGGGAAAGUUCAUGUACAUUGGAGACUCGGCAAGUCUAUCAUUUUUGCAAAGUGUUCGCCGCGUGGUAUCCUCAUCUAUUGGUCGGUGUGAAUUCACCGAGGACAACUCGCGACACUCGAUGCUGGAAGCCUUCCAGAAUAACCCAAGUACCCUCCCGGGUCCGCUCAUCCCUCCGCCCAGCAAUGAUGAAGCACAUAGGCUUGCCCGGCAAUAUGUUCUUGCGACAAGUCCAUUAUUAGAUCUGGUGGACCUCGAAGAGUUUCACCCUCGGCUGGCCAGUUGGGUAGAAAACCCCUCUGGUGACGAAGAUACCGUCAGCUCCAUCUUCUACCUCGUGCUUGCCAUUGGAGCUCAAGUCUCCGAUACAAACCAGACCCUAGCAGAGCAAUAUUUUAGCAGUGGCCGCCAAUUGGCAUUUUCGGCGUUCCAGGAGACGCCGAGCAUUCAUACUAUUCAGUCCUAUAUUCUGGUGUCGAUGUACAUGCUGGGUGCAUGCAGGCGAAAUGGCGCUUUCAUGAAUCUGGGAAUUGCUCUGCGAGCCGCUUACGCCGUUGGGAUUCAUAGAAAAGAUGCAAACGCGCUUUUUUGUGGGCGUGAGCGACGAGCGAGAGAACGGGUGUGGAAAAGUCUCCGCAUGAUGGAUCUGUUCCUCAGUGCCUCAUUAGGGCGCCCUCCUGCAACAUCGGAUUAUGAUUACGAUAUCCGCGAAGACGCUCUUGCAGCCGGAGAGCAACAAGGCAAUUUGACUGCGGAUAAGCAGCUUUCACUUGCGGUGACCUCGCUAUGCCGAAUUUUUGAGCGAAUUCUCACGGACGUUUAUAUGAAACAAGUUAUAUCGAUCAAUGUUGCCGAAUCCAUCUCAAAUCAGCACCGUGCUUGGGUCCGAACUCUGCCCAAGUUCCUGAAAGAUCAAACAGAACGGCUCGAUAACAAAACCAUGCAAGACAGUCUGGCCGCAGCUCAUGUAUUCGGUUCGUAUUAUUGGUCCAUCAUCCUCCUCACGCGACCAUUCCUCGUCUAUCGCGUGGCUCAAUAUGUCAAAAAUAAAGCCGAUCCGUCUACAUCAGAUGGCAGGACCGGCAGCUCUCGCAUUGCCUUGUUUGCAGAUGCAUGUGUUUACUCUGCGCUUCGAGGAUUAGAUGUGGUGGAUGACCUGAGCCGGUUCGCAUCGUUACCACGCCGUCUCCCAUUCUUAAUCAACUCUGUUUUCAACUCAGCCGUUGUACUCGGUGCCGCAUUCUUUGCCGACUACGACAAUCUGUUGCCUCUUGAAGAGGGCAUGAUCAAGGCAGAACGCUUCCUUGGACUCUUUGUCCCGCAUGAUCCUCAUGCGUGCCGCUUCAGCCACAUUAUAAAGUAUCUUCGCGCUGCCGUUGGCGAGUAUAUCCAGCGACGCAACCGUCAAUGGAUGGACCACCGAAGCAGGCAAGUCGAUCAACUAUUCGGUCAGGUCGGCGGUGCCAACUCCCCAUCUCUUACAUCGGGGUCCGCUCACGAUGUUCCGCUGAAUCGCCCUGAGAGCCAGCAGUCCCCCGCUGUGCCUUCUCCAAUUUCACCUAGCAAACUCGCUGGUAGAACACCAACUUCUUUCCCCACCCCACAACCACCAUCAGGGCUCACUUCCCAGCAGCUCGGUGGCGACGUUUGGGAUACACUUUACAAUGGCCCGGAUGGAGCAGCCGCACUAUCUUACGACGCUGCCAUAUCUGCGCUGACCACCUCGGGCAUUCCCGUUGGUUGCUCUCCGGGAGGUACCAUUCCAACUGCACAACCCCCGGCGUCCGGUGGCCCAUCACCACUGUCCGAUGUGAUGUUCCCUGAUAAUGGUCUGUUGUAUAUGGCCGAAGACCUUCCAGUGUUCGGUCUCUGGGAGGAGUCUUGA